AUGAAUUCACAAAAAGAAGAAAAUAUUCAUUUAGCUUAUAAAAAAAAAUUACCUUCACAAUUCAUGGAAUUUUGUCAGAAAGAAAGCACAGCUUCGUUGAAAUGCUUAGAUGUCAAUAAUUACGAUAGAACCAAAUGCCAGGAAUAUUUUUCAAUGUAUCGUGAAUCAGACAAUCCUGGCGUAUAUUUUGAUGCUACUUCAAAAUUACUAAUAACAGGACAAUACGACGGUAUAUCUGAAUAUGAUGUUAUAGGUCAAAAAGAAUCGUAUGACGUUUCAACUGCCUCUUUCAUUAUACAAUUAACAAAUAAUAAUACAUAUAAACUCGCUGGUUCUACUUCUACACAAGGAACAAUUAAUGCAUUAUGUAUAUUGCCACGUUCUUCUGAUAACAAUGAUAAUGCAGAUGUAGAUGUAUUUAUAGGCGGUAACUUUACAAGUAUUGGCGGUAUAACUACAAACAACAUAAUCCGUUAUGAUGUUACUACUGAUACUUUUAUUUCGUUAUUGGAUGGUUUGGAUGGGGCUGUUCAUUCAUUGUAUUGUGAUAAAUCAAAUUCGAUUGUUUAUGUUGGUGGUUUGUUUUCUGCUCCGGCAAACCCAACUAAAAAUAAUUACAAUGCUACUGAAUUUGGUAGCGGUGUGGCUAUAUGGAAUAAUGGAACUAGUAUAUGGCAGCCUCUACCAUUCAAAGGGUUCAAUGGCCCUGUUUACACGAUUGCAUCUAAUAAGGAAAAUAAUACUAUAUAUUUUGGUGGAAGCUUUGAUGCUACUGGUGAUGGUCAAUUCGGUGUGUCUACUGGUUCACAGCCCAUAAAUAUGAGAAAUGCUACGAUCUCUGGUGGUAAUAAUGCAGUUGAUUAUACAGUUGGUAAUCCAUCUGCAAUAAUAUGUAGUGCUGAUUUAGACGGCCCCGGUAAUAUAUGGUUAUUAAGAGAUAAUAUUCCUGGUUAUUGGAGAGCUGAAUAUCCAGUAAAGUUAAGUCCCACUUUUAUUGGUUUGAAAAAUACUAAUUUUCAAGGAAGAGGAACAAAAAAAUUAAUUGCCACCGCAGAUAAUAGUGUUGUAGAUCUUAAAUAUGUUGAUCCAAAUAAUGGUACACAAAUGAUAUGUAGAGAAUGCACUUUAACUCAAAACAAUCAAGAUUUUCAAAUGUUUGAAUUUGUUGCACCUAAGGUUUUAACAGGAAUUCAAAUUGAUAUUUUGGAAUGGUACGGCGGAGGUGGUGGAUUACAUGGAAUUCAAUUAUUUCAAAAUGAUGUUAUUGUAAAUGCUGUUAAUGAUCGAAAUUCAUUUAGUUGUUCAAGUGCACCAUUUGUACCUCAAGUUAAAACUAUUGGUAAUUGGGUUCCAAGUUUAUUAUCAGGAAUCUGGGAAAAUGUUUUACAAACUACAAUUAAAGCCGCCGAUUUAACAACAUCGGAUGCAAAAAUAACCCUUAUACCUUAUGUUCCACAAGCUGGUAAUUACAAGGUCACAAUUGCAACGCUCACAUGUCUACCAUUUGGUUGCGAUAAAGCAGCAUCAGUUGAUAUUACAAUAACUGUAGCUCCGGGAGUAUCUCAAAAUAUCACCAUUUCACAAAAUACUCGAUUCAGCAAAGAAGAUUUAAUUUAUGAAGGAUUCGUGCUUCAAACAUCAAAUAAUUUUCAACCGACAGUAGAAAUCACUUUAUCUAAAACAACUCCUCCUGUAGGUGGAGGUGAUGUACUGAUAACUGCAGAUUUUGUAAAAUUUGUUAAAACUAAUAAUGGUGCCCCAUUAAGUAGUUUGCUUUUAUAUAUCCCCCAAUCUGAUCAAAAUCCUCAAGCCCUAUGGGACGGUUUUAAUGGAUUGUUGGCACCUAGAUCUGUUGUUCAUGAUAUAGUUGUUUUAGAACAAUCAUCGUUAGUUAUAGGUGGAUAUUUCAAUAAUGCGGCAUCCAAUAACAUUGUAAAAUAUGAUGGUUCAACAUUUAAUCCCCUUUCCAAUAAAGGUCUUAAUGGUCCGGUGCGUACAAUUGAGAAAGUUGGCAAUAGUUUAUUAGUUGGUGGAUUAUUUAACAAUACGUCUGACAAUCAAAUUAUAGGUUUAAAUAAUUUGGCCAAAUAUGAUCUUACUGAAAACAAAUGGUCCAGUUUAUCUGGUGGCGUUAAUGGUGGAGUUGAGCGAAUUGCUCUGGUUAAUCAAGAUGGUAGUAGUAGCCAAGUUCAUGUAGCUGGUAAAUUUAAUACUUUAAUAUCACCAAAUUCUCAAGUUAAUGGAAAUGUUACAUUUGGUUAUGCAAUAUGGGAUGACGACAAUUCAAAAUGGUUGCAAAAUGGCUUUAUAGAUGGUUCAAUAGGAGAUAUUGUAUCCCUUAAUAGUAGUAGCAAAUCUGAUUCUAUGACAUUUAUAGCUGGCAAUAUUUAUUCCGCACAAUCAUCUACAGCCUAUGGAGCAAGUUUACUUUUAGGACAUAAUGAUUUUGUCGCUUUUCCAAUGUAUUCACAAGUAACUAAUGGUUUGAAAUCAGAGAUUAUCAUCAACACAGGUUCAUUAUGGAAUGAUGAAAAGAACAACAACACCUAUGUUAUAAUAGGUGGUAAUUUUGAUCUUCCAGACCAGAAUAUAACAAAUUUUGCUAUAUCGAAAGACAAUGUAUUGAUGCCUCCAAAUUUUAAUAUUAAAGAAGAGGUUAAAUCUUUAGUUGUGGUUGAAGAAGGAUCAUUGUUUAUAGGGGGCGCGUUUAACUUUACUGGCCCACCUCAAAAUAUUCAAGAAUUUCGUGGAUUUACUGCUUAUGAAUUGAUUAGAAAUGCAUUAAAUGAUAAUCAGCCUCCUCGAUUAUCAGCUGGAGAUAACAUCGUAAAAGUAAAUUCUAUUAAAAGUCGAUUAGGAACAAAUAAUAUAAUAGUUGCUGGUAAAUUUGAUAAGGCAGGUUCUAUAGAUUGUGUUUCAAUUUGUUCAUGGGAUUAUAAAAUUGGUGAAUGGAAACCAAUUGUCAGCAAUUCAGUAAUUUCAGGCGAAAUUACAUCAGUUGAUUUUAUAGAGAAUAUAAAACUUGAUGGAAAUGCAAGUAAUUUGUUACAAUAUGAUUUUAAGGCAACUAAUUGGGUGGAUAUUGGAAGUAGCCUUCCAGGACCAGCUUCAUCAGUUGCAUAUGAUUCUUCAGCUUCUGAUAAUUAUUUUAUUUCUGGUUAUGACAACAAUAAUCAAACAUAUAUACGUAAAUGGGGUGGUGCACAAUUCACGGACGUUUUAAUAAAUGAAAUACUGGCUGGUUCUUUAAUAAAUUCUUUAAGGUUAUUACCGUCAAACGUAUCACAUAAUUCUAAUCAAAUUUUGGACAAAUAUUGGUUACUUUUAAUUUCUGGAACUUUAAAUUUACAAAGCUAUGGUAUAAUUAAUGCAGCAUUAUUCGAUGGUGAAAACAUAUAUCCAUUUAUUGUAGCUUCUAAAGAAAAUGGUAUACCGGGAACAAUAAAUUCAAUAUUUACCAUAAUUGAUCCUGGGCUUUUGAAUGAAAGAAAAGUCUUGCCUUUGCCGAUAGUCAUUAUAAUUUCUGUAGCUAUUUCAUUUGCACUUGUAUUUUUAAUAGUAUUUAUUGGUAUGUCGAUAGUUUAUUUGAAACGCAAGAAAAUGGCUAAAGAAUUACCGUCAUCAUCAGAUGGACAUAGAAAUAUUUCAGACAAACAUUUCAUAAGGGAUAAAAAAUAG